AUGCCGCCUGCCCACCUGCAGGCCCGACUUGCAGCUCCCAACGGUGUAGCACUUGGCGGCCGCCAGCCCCUUGGGCUUGUUGGGUCCACAGCCACCAGCGCCGGCCCGGGCUACCGGCUGCAAUCCAUGUAUUGGUUAAUCACCUGGUCUCGAGUAGACGCAAAGUUCGACGAGCCUGUCGCCGAGCAGAAGCUGCGUGGUUUGGUCCCGGGUGCGGAGCAGGGACUCCGUGUCAAGCUGGCACACGAGGAGCACGACGACGGCGGCCCUCACUACCAUGCCUUUGUCGCAUUUCGCAAGACGCCUUCCAUCCGUAACGCGCAGGUCAAGCUAACCGUGGGCGAGAACAAACCCCACUUCACCAAGGUCAACCCACGUAUGAAACAUGUCGCCUGCGACUACGUCGGACGUGCGGACAAACGAGGCGCAUGCAUGGUCUGUAACGACUUCGACAUUGGCUGGCACGAGGCCGAGACACCACUGGACCUGCGACCCGCCCAACUCGGGAGUGGCAGCGAGGAGGCACAAGCGGAGGCGGCCGCUCUCACUUCGCAGAGCAAGGCAGACACCAAGUAUCGCUUCAUCCUGCAGGAAUCGGCCACACCCGAUGAAUUCUUGGCCAACUGCGCCAAGUACGCGCCGAGUGAUUACUGUCGCAACCACAUCAACUUGGUCGCAGCAUCCAAGCAUGCCUUUGCCCGGGCCCCCGAGCCGUACCAGCGUCCCAGCGGUCUGGUGCUCGACACCAGCACGUACCCUGCCAUCGAGGGAUGGCUGAACGACGAGCUGAAGCCGCAUCUCGGUCGUGGGCCGAGUGGAAUCCGGGGCAAGUCGCUGUGUCUCUGGGGCCCAUCGCGCACGGGCAAGACCACGUGGGUGAAAAACCUCGGGGGGACAUUCGCGUACAUGGGCAACCACUUUAAUGUCGACGAAUUCAACCCAAAGGUGAAUUAUCUAAUCUUCGAUGACAUCAGCGGGGGUCUGGAUGGGCUCCCGUCAUACAAGUCCUGGCUCGGCUGCCAGGCUCGCUUCCAUGUGACGGACAAGUACCGGGCGAAGACGAGCAUCGAGUGGGGCCGGUUGUGUGUAUACCUGUCGAACCAUGACCCGCGGAAGGGGCCACGGGUGUCGGCAGCAGAUCGUGACUGGCUUAACCGGAACCUUGUGUUCCAGUACAUUGACGCCGCGCAUCCGCUUGUGCGAUUCGAUCCGGCGUGCGCUGCAGGUGCCGACUCCAAUGCCGCCCCAGCCACGCCACCCGCGCACCAUACACCUAACAGCACGCCACUGAUGGCCGGAGCGCUCGCAGAUCUCAGUGGAGAUGCUGAGGAGCUCACGGGGACGGAGAGCCACCGCGAAUGGCCGAGGACAGACAGCGCAACGCCUGCAUCGCCGUGCCCGGGUGAUGUGUCAUACGGUGGACCCAGCCCGGACACUGCGCCCCCGCCGGAAGUGCUGACUGCCGCAGCCAGCGCACUCAAGCGCAGGCGGCCCGCGUCCGAUGUUGGUUACGAGACAAGGCUCGACACGGGCCACCUGCGCCGCGGGCCAGUGAUGAGGGGCCGGGCAAAGGUGGUUCUGUGA